AUGAACUUUUAACCUAAAGGUACAAUUAUAAAUUACCCAAAUCUUCUAGAUUGUAUUCUCUAAACAAAUAGAAUUAAAGAAAAUACCAACCUAGACUAUUUAAAUCUAAAUUAGAAAGAUUAUUAUAAAUAAUAUUUUUACUUUAUGCUUAAUUACACUAAAGACUGUUUUUCUAACUUUUCUGAGAAAAGAGUGAAGGAAAGAAGUGUUGAAGAUGCUCUAUAUCGAGUAAGGGAAUGGAGAAGAAUUUAUGAGUCCGGUUAAUAAAAGGGUUCUAAUAAGGAAUCGAGAAUCACACUUUAAGAGGCUGCUAAAUAAGUUAAAAUACCAAAAAAGACAUUAGAGGACUACAUAUAGAUUUUCAAUAAAGUUAGUUUAAUAGCUCAAAUUCAAGAUUUUUCGAACAAAAAAAUGGGAUUUCUGAGGACAUUUAUAAGGAAAAAUAAAGCUAAGAUUAGGAAGGCUGCUCAGGCGAUAAGAUAGAACCAGCGCGAUUGUCUUGAUGUCAAAAUUGAAGAAUCCCUUCCGCACUACCUAAAGAAUCAAUUGGAAAACUCAAUGACUUACGAGAUAAAGGAAGGAAAUUUAAAAAAUGAUUUUAAUUUCGAUAUCAAAAUAGAAAAAUAAGAGGAGGAAUGAGAGCAUCUUCCUCCUAAUAUCUAAUUUUGAUUAUUAAAUAUUUAUUCUUAAUGAUUGAAUUAAAAAUUAUCAAAC